AUGGCUGUUAGAAGCAGUUUGUCACCUACAUUCAGAACUAAAACAAUUCGUUCAGAUGGAAAUACUCUAAAGAACUCUACGAGUUACAAAUUUCGUGUACAAAGUGCUCCACCACUUUCACUUCAACAAUUUGCUCGUUCAGUUGCUAUUCCUCCUGGUACUCAAUCAUGGCAACCAUCUGGUGUCUAUCAUCCACCUGUUUUUCAUGAAUAUUUAUCACCUGAAAUACGAACACAACCAGAAAAACCAAAGGUGGAACCAUGGAUUUAUACUUAUAGACGAAAACAUUCUAUACCUACUUAUACACUGAAAAAUUAUAAAGAAACAAAACCUAAACCAUCUGAACCCGUAUGGCAACCUCCAGGUCGUUACAUAGAAAGACGACCAACAUCACUCACUCCGGAAAGACGCGAGCAAAAACGUAAUCAUGAACCUGUUUGGCGACCACCUGGAAAAACACAAUAUAAACCUGUACCUUAUUUUGAUCCACCUAAUUUAAGAUGGUCACUUCAAGAACUUAAGAAAUCUAUGGGUUAUCUGCGAACACAAACUCUUCAUACAUCUAGAAGUACAUCAGUAAUGAAUAGCUAA